UCGUCCACCAUGUGCUUGAGGAGCUGGUAGUAUGUGGGCCCGGUGCCAUGCCGUAAUUCCGACGCGUCAUUGUUCCGACGUCUCAAUGGUCCGAAAUAUUUCCCAUUAGAUCGACAUGACGCUAUGCCGACGGUUCAAUGUUCCGAAAAAGGAACCCAUUGGUCCGAAGGUCCGUUUGUCAGACUUUUCAAAAAGGAGGCGCAUUAGGCCGACGGUUCAAUAUGCCGAAUAGGCCAAGGAGCAAUUCCACAUGUGUGAUUAUGAAACCAAAAAUAAAAGACGAUGUAGGCUAAGUUCCAGAAGUGCACUUCACCAAGCCAGACUGUUGCUGUGGGCUUGAACGGUCACAAGAGGUGAAUUUAUGAAGCGCACGUUAUACAAGGACUAAUGCUUUUCCUGUAAAGAAGUCAAACGGUACCCUUCUGUCCGUGUCAGCUGGCAAACUUCUCUCCGAUCUGGGGAAUGCGGACAGAGCGGACCUGUGGCCAGGGGAGAUGGAGAGACAGACGGAGAGACAGUGUCGUCACUAUCGUCCCUGCGGCUCCUCGUCCCUCCCCUCCGACUCUUCUCUGCGGUGAUGUGGGAGGUCGCCCGGCAACAGAGGACGAGCCACUUUGGGAUGUUGGAAGACUUUAUUUCCUUGGUUACGGACGCCAUCCCAGAGCUUUUGACCGGCCAGCAGAAAAGCCUUUUGCUGCUCGGGCUGAGGGCCAAGAGGACCCAGGAAGUACUGAGCGGUGAGGUCGCCGACACCCCGGGCGCCGUCCCACACCACAUGGAAAGGAUCCACGCGGUCUCCUUGGAAACGGACAGCAGUGUGUUGAAGCAGUGGGCGUCCAGUCUACAGGCAGAGAGACCCGAGGAGGCCCAACAGCACCUCCUGCAGACCCUUUUGGACCAGGACUUCACAUCAGCCCUGGAGGGUCUGUUGUGUCACUUCCUGUCCAGACUUGACCAGAGCUUCCCCGUUCCUGACUUCAAACAGACUGCAGUCUGGCUGUCGGCGCCCUCCGCUGGCCUGGAGGAGUGUCUGCAGGAGAUCGACUCCAACAGGGAGGAGCUGAAGGAUCUGCUGUCCAAUCAGACCUACCGCCUGGGACACAGCACCACCUCAGGCUGUUCCGUUGAUGAGGACCACCUACUGAGCGCCUGGUCCCGCCUCAAGCCCCCCCCACCCUCUCCUGCCUCCAAACUGAUCCAAUCAAAACCUGCAUCCCGGCAGGCGAGCAAGCAGGACGAAGAGGAAGUCACCUGUGAGGCAGCAGGAAGUGGAAAGGAAUGUGACACUGUUGGCCAGAGCCAGGUGUCAAUCAAGCAGCCAACGGCAGCACUGAACAGAAUGGGCUCAAGUGGGAUCCAGUCUGAGCCCGCCGGCCCACCACCGACGGAGACGGAGAGCAGCGUUCAAGAACUUCAGGACUCCCUGCUGGCACUCUCCCAGCCCGACAGGUCCAGUGACUCGGACUGCUGUAUCGAAGAUCAGCCGGAGAACACAGGCAAAGCUUUAUCUCCAGGUGACAUGCUGACGACCUCAGCCUCCCCGGCCCAGACAGACCAUAAUACUCAACGGCUGGCCCACAAGUGCCCUCAGUGUGGACAAUGUUUCAUAUAUCGCUCUGAGGUGCUUCGCCACCUGCGGACCCUGCAGGGCUGCCCCGGCCCACCCCCCCCAGCCCAGGUGUACCGCAGCUGCUUCCAGUGCGCCGGCAGCUUCCAGACGGACGGCGAGCUGAAGGCCCACAUCCAGACCCACCAGGUGCCCUACCAGUGCUCCCACUGCCACAAGAGGUUCCGCCUCUCCUCCACGCUGACCACCCACCAGCAGACCCACGCAGCCGCCGGGGGCCUCACCUGCGGCAGGUGCGUGCGCGUGUUUGCCUCGCCCGGGGAGCUCCGCGCCCACCGGCAGACGCACCGCCACCCCCCGCCGGCGGCCCCCCAGCUUGGCUGCCCCGCCUGCAGCCAAACGUUCCCCACGCAGACGGAGCUCUUCAGGCACCAGCAGACCCACCCGGCCACCGACAGAGCCUUCAAGUGCAGCAUCUGUGACCAGGUGUUCACAGAUCUCACCCAGCUGCGGAUCCACCUGCGGGAGCACAAGAAGCGCUCGUUCCAGUGCUCCCAGUGCCCCAAGGCCUUCAUCACGCUGAGCAACCUGCAGGUGCACGCCCGGCGCCACUCGGCCCCGCAGGCCCACCUCUGCUCCCAGUGCGGCAAGCGCUUCUGGACGCGCGGCGGGCUGGAGAACCACCUGCGGCUCCACAACGGGGAGAAGCCCUUCUGCUGCCAGUACUGCGGGAAGUCGUUCACCGCGCUGGCGGGCCUGGUGGUGCACAUCCGCCUGCACACCGGCGAGCGGCCCUACGUCUGCGCCGUGUGCGGGAAGGGCUGGCCGUCGAAGGGCGACCUGCAGAAGCACACACGCACGCACACCGGGGAGCGGCCCUACGUAUGCCCGGACUGCGGCAAGGCCUUCGCCAUCUCCUGUCACCUCAGCGAGCACCGCCGCUCGCACACCGGUGAGAAGCCGUUCAGCUGUCCAAAGUGUGGGAAGUGUUUCAUCAGGAAGUCCACCCUGAAGAUCCACAUCCACACCCACAGCGACAAGAGGCCCCACGCCUGCUCCUACUGCCAGAAGAGCUACGCCAGCAGGAACCACUUAAACAGACACGUACGCACACACAAGACCUCCUAGCCUGGUCACACACGUACCACUACGGACCCACAAGACCUCCUAGCCUCUACAGAUACCUACUGACCCCCUAGCCUCCUCCACCCCAAAACUAGUCUGAAAAGUUUUAUUGUACGACUGUUGUAAAGAGUGUCUUGAGAGCGUAUGUUCCUGGUUGUUCUUCGUCUUGGCUCAGUUCUCCCCUGGAAUCGUCCGCUCUGUAUCGCAGUGUUAUCAGACCGUUAUGUUAAUCACUGUCUAUUUUUGUUGCUGCAUAAAAUAUUUUAACAAAGCCUGUGAUACCUGUGCUGAUGGAAUCGCCCUCUGAACUUGCUAUGUAGAGAGCACUACCACUAAUUGAACUCUUACUAAUACUACCAUUGCUGCUUCUACAGGCUCACACUGAGCAAACGAGUACAAAAAGUAGCAAGUUAAUAUUUGAAAACAUUUCUUUAAAUACUUUGAGUGUGUGUAUGCUCCUCUAGAUGACGCCUCUCGACAAUAGGUGGAGGAGUCUGCAGCCACACCUCACCCUCAAUUUCUAGGUCCUCCAAUUGGGUGAGACAUGCAGGUACUGAGAUCUAAGAUUAGCCAACAAAUUGGGCAGACAGAACAGCUCGCCUCAUGACCGUUUUUAUAAUGUACGUUUCCUUUCAUAUUGCCAUGUGACCACAUGGCUUUCAGUUGUCACAGUACAUUUACAAAAACACUUGGGAUAUAUUUUCCAGGAUCUGUUUAUUAAGACAUUGCGUAACGGGACACUUUUGGCCAAAAUAGUCAAUUUUUUCAUCUCCAUGUUGCAAUGUUCAUGAAACAUUCAACAGGAACACCGAGAAAUAUAAUUACAAUUUCUCUGGGUUGAGACCAACAUAGGGAUUAAAAAAUAAAUACUCCGACUUGCCUUGUGGCCGUUCCAAACUGACGUAAAAAUUAAGUAAGAUUUAUCAAUGAGAUAAAGACAGGAUAUGACAUGUGUGGACAAAGUUCUGCCGACUUUGUAAACGGAUGCGGUUUUGUUUCUCAAAAACACAAACAAAAAGAAAGAUUUCUGUUCAACCUUCAAGUCAACUUUGGGAUUUGAUUUGGUGUGUAAUCAUAGAUAUCUCAAAAGUAAGAACGA